AUGAUUCCCAGGGGUACGGUGAUUUUGUGGCUCCGAUUCACCGAUCCUGUGUUAACCAAACCACGGGCGAGACUGCGACGCCAACAACGCCUCUUUUCAAAACAGAAAGGUCGGGAUAUUCCUCGAUCCAGUGAAUUAAACAUCAACGUUCGCUUAUGGACCCGCAUGCUUGGAAGCGGACAACUGUUGGGCUUGAACCGAACACCCGCAUCCGGCUCGGCUACUUUCAAUCCGACGGCUGCAGAAAACCUUCCCAGUUCCCAUGCCUCACCUACCGAUUCUGUCAUGGGUCGUGAGGGUCGGUAUCAUCCACUCAAUACGUCCAUGGCUGAUCCACGGACCGCAAACGCAUCGACCCAGGUGACUAACAAUCGUUCGUCCCUCACUCUCGCUCAGCUUGCCUCGCGUGUUAGCAGUAUUUCCAGUCAUGAUAGAAACUCACCCGGCCACCACCGCCCUUCCACAGCCGGCGCCGUCGCCACUUUACCCAGGACAAAGGCCGCUCGACCCCAUUAUAUUACAGUACGAUCACCUGCGGUUCCUUCUAUGACCGUGGCCGAUGUGCGCCGGCGAUCUGAACAGCUCCACUUCAUUUUCGUACCUUGUCCAAGUUCUCCGUCCAUACUUAGCGAUGUAUCAACCGAUUCUGGUCUGAGCCCCCAGCGCACCACUUCGUUCACUUUGCCCAGAAAACCGAGUCUUGAGCCUUCUGAACAGAAUCGCAGGGUCAUCGGUACGAAGGUCGACACCGCUCCAGCCGGUAUUCCUACAAUCACUGCGUUUUCUCCAGAUAAUCCAGCUCUCAUCAUCGAUCAACCACCGACAAUUCCCAGUAGCGUUGCUGUUCCGUGCACGACAACUCAAUCCAUUUCCAAACCCUCGUCUUCGUUCUCCUCCGAACACACCCGAACACCAAGUCCUGUAAAAGAAUCCAAUGAUCUAUCAACGGACAACACGUAUAAGAUUCCAUCAGUAGUCAGCCCCAAUAUCCCCGACUAUGAUAUUGUCCCAUCCAUUUCCGGUGGAGAUACCCCGAGUGCACGGCUCUCCACAGAUUCAACGCGAUUCUCCGAUUAUGCUACACCAGAACCGGGCUCGCCUGAACCAGUCAUGGGUCCUUUGGCUGGUGGAGAGCAGCAGCAUUUAACAGAUCAUCCGUCCGGUCUCACUACAGACAAAUCGUCCGAACCGGACUAUGUAAACUUGCGCGAUGUUGCCCCCGCCGCCACGGAGUCUCCUGUCAAUGCCGACGAAAGGGAUGCCGAUUCGGAAUCAAGCAGUGCGCCGGUUGCACCGCCGCGUCGCUCCUCUCGUUUCGCACCUUCAGUUCCAGUUGUGUGUAAAGUGCUUCUGCUAGUAACGCUCGUGGCGUUGAAGGCGUCGGGAUUGCGCGAGUGUCAAGGCUGUACGUUCUCUGCUCGACUUGAUCGCAGUCAAUAG